CAAAAUGCUCUCCAAAGUGUAGAUUUAAGGACACGUCUUCUGCGUAAGACUAGAAGCAGGUACAACUUCUGAAAAGUGCUUAGCAAGAGCAUGUAUCCGUCCCCGUUAUCCCUGAGGAGCAAUCGAACCUCGUAGUCGUACACGACAUGGUCUCCCAUGAUCUAUUGUCAAACGCAACAUUCUAGUGCUGGAGCUGGACUACGACUUCUCACUGGUUAUUUUCGUUUUACAAGCAAUCUGGGCUUCGAUUUGGAUCAGUAGAACUAUAUAUCGGAUCAAGAUGAAGAUUGUUCCUCAUGUAUCCACGACUACUGAAGGUCGGACAAGCUGUAGUAGGUACUACAGUCUAAUAUAAUUAAUUUAUCAAUCAAUCUGGGUUUAAUCUUGUUCACUGGAGAAGAAGUUAGAUGUACAACUACUUAUCGUCUAACUUAAGGCGCCCUCUUUGGCAGGAUGUCAUUCCUGGAUGAAUCGUCAUUGAGCAAAAUGGAGGUUGCUGAUCUUCCACAAUGCGUUCAGGACGCCCUCGCAACGGGCGCUCUGAUCGACCGGGCGGCACUCAUGGCACAACGUGACUCUCGUACACCGACGAAGAGUUAUGAUAAUGAAUCUUAAAAUAUUUUUGAACGAUACAAGAUCUACUGUAUUAACAAAGUGUGUUUGAGGAUGGUCACGACACUUGUGGUUGCAUUGAGCUUGAAUUUCAUUUUUCUUGGUCCGCGCUAGCGUUUACUACAAAUUCCAACAUCAUGAACAUUUCGCAGAACGUUGUUGUAGUUGCGGUGGAGAUCCAAGUACACGUACAAGAACACCACUCUACUACUUCUGAACAUGAUAUACUCCAUUUGCGGCUCCGGCUGUUGAUCUUCCCCUACCCUCUAAUCAUGGACCCGCUGAUGGUGUACGCAACAAAAAUUCAUUCUCAUCG